CUGCAUGCUGGAAGCCGCUGCGCUGCUUCCUCCAAGUGUCUCUACACUGUGUGCGGGAUCUCUUCCAGAGGCGAGCCGAUGAAACUUGCCGAGUCCCCCACACUCUGAUCCAGACUAAGCCAGGAGAGCAUCAUCUGCGCCUAUAAGUAGCAAUUUUCGCCAUCUCCCCCUCCACCAGAAACUGAAAAGCCCCCACUCAGUGUUGUCCCUCUCUCAGUCUUUUUGCCUUUUCUUUUUUUUUUUUUUUUCCCCCACACGUCCCCAAGCUGCGCUCCUCUUUCUCUUGCUUGUUUGCUGUUGCUGCACAGGGAUUGAUUGCGCAGAGGAGCUCGGAGAGCUGCUCCAGAGCUGCAGGAGGUGCAGGAGGUGUUGAUGCAGGUCUGAGCGCACAACAAGCUUUUUUUGUGCCAUGGAAGUGCGUGUCCGGCGCAGGCACGGGCUGAGCGGGGGAGCCGCCUGAGAGCAGCUCUGUCCCAGACCAGGGAGCAUGCAUCAGACCCGCACACCAGAGGACUUCCACCACACCGGCUCUCACAAGAAAAACUACAUCUCUUUUUUUCCCCACAACUGACAUUUCCUCUUUAAGUGACUCCGUUUAACCCCGUUUUCAAGAAAGGUGAGAGGAUCAAUGAUGAGCAUCUCUGAGACCAGUUGGUUUGGACUUCUCUAAUCAUAACCCGGUAGUCACUCCACAAACCUGCCAAUAAUCAUCCGAACCUGUCACCAUGGCAUGCCCCCUGAGGAGACUGCACACCUUCUGCUGGUUUCUCAUCACUCUAGCUCAAGUUCACUCCACAGAGGGGUUCAGUCGAGCCGCCCUGCCGUUUGGCUUAGUACGGAGAGAGCUGUCUUGUGAGGGUUACCCCAUUGAUCUACGGUGCCCAGGAAGUGAUGUCAUAAUGAUCGAAAGUGCUAACUAUGGCCGAACAGAUGACAAAAUAUGCGACGCUGACCCCUUCCAGAUGGAGAACAUCAACUGCUAUCUUCCAGACGCCUACAAGAUCAUGUCGCAAAGAUGCAACAAUCGGACCCAGUGCAUCGUGAUCACGGGUUCGGAUGUCUUCCCUGACCCCUGUCCAGGGACCUACAAGUACCUGGAGGUCCAGUAUGAGUGUGUGCCCUACAGUCCAUGCCCAACCAGAAUAGGACCAAGAACACAGAAUGUAUCCUAUCACAACUGUCCUGAAGUGGAGCAAAAAGUUUUUCUUUGUCCGGGGACUCUGAAAGCUGUCGGUGAACCUUCCUUUCUAUUUGAAGCGGAGCAACAAGCUGGAGCCUGGUGCAAAGACCCACUUCAAGCUGGCGACAAAAUCUACUUCAUGCCUUGGACUCCUUAUAGGACAGACACUCUGAUUGAGUACUCCUCCCUGGAUGACUUCCAAAACGCCCGGCAAACCAUCACUUACAAGUUGCCUCACCGGGUGGAUGGGACUGGAUUUGUGGUCUACGACGGUGCUGUAUUUUUCAACAAGGAGCGUACGCGCAACAUUGUGAAGUUUGACCUGCGAACUCGAAUAAAAAGCGGCGAAGCGAUCAUCAAUAGCGCCAACUACCAUGACACGUCCCCUUACAAGUGGGGAGGUAAAACAGACAUUGACCUGGCAGUGGAUGAGAACGGGUUGUGGGUGAUCUACGCCACAGAGCAGAACAACGGCAUGAUGGUAAUCAGCCAGUUGAACCCUUACACCCUACGAUUUGAGGCCACCUGGGAAACGGCCUAUGACAAGCGCUCAGCCUCCAAUGCCUUCAUGGUUUGUGGAGUACUGUAUGUGGUCCGCUCCACUUAUGAAGACAAUGAAAGCGAGGUCAGCAAGAGCCUGAUAGAUUACAUUUACAAUACCAAACAAAACCAUGGGGAAUACGUUGAUAUCCACUUUCCCAACCAGUACCAGUACAUUGCAGCUGUGGAUUAUAAUCCCCGAGAUAACCAGCUUUAUGUAUGGAAUAACUUUUAUGUCCUGAGAUACAACCUGGAGUUUGGUCCACCUGAUCCAGCACGUGCCCCUACGCUGUCGGAAGUCCCCACAUCCACUCCGUCUCAGAGAACUACAACUGUUGCUACGACGACCACAGGCCGCUGGGGUGUGGCCAAUACUACCACAACAGGGCUCAAAGUGGGCAGCGGGGGAGCGCCCAAGCAACCUCCGAUGAUUCCACAGACUACGUCUCCUCCUCCCCUGGAGUCCUUCCCUUUACCUGAGCGCUUCUGCAAAGCCACUGAGAGAAGAGACAUAAUGUGGCCUCAGACCCAGAGGGGCAUGCUUGUGGAGCGACCUUGUCCAAAGGGAACGCGAGGCACAGCCUCUUAUUUAUGUGUUCUUUCCACCGGGGACUGGCACCCAAAAGGCCCUGAUCUCAGCAACUGCACCUCCCACUGGGUCAACCAAGUGGCCCAGAAGAUCCGCAGCGGUGAAAAUGCGGCUAACUUGGCCAACGAGUUAGCCAGGCACACGAAAGGCCCUAUCUUUGCUGGGGAUGUUAGUUCCUCAGUGCGCCUCAUGGAGCAGCUGGUGGACAUCCUGGAUGCUCAGUUGCAGGAGCUCAGACCCAGUGAGAAGGAUUCUCCAGGACGGAGCUUCAAUAAGCUUCAAAAGCGAGAAAGGACAUGCAGAGCAUACAUGAAGGCCAUAGUGGACACGGUCGACAACCUUCUGCGCCCAGAGGCCCUGAAGUCCUGGCAGGACAUGAACAGCACAGAGCAAACCCACGCAGCCACCAUGUUACUGGACACUCUGGAAGAAGGCGCUUUUGUCCUCGCUGACAACCUAAUGGAACCUGCCAUUGUCAAAGUCCCUGCAGAAAACAUAAUCCUGGACGUGUAUGUACUGAGCACGGAUGGCCAGGUCCAGGACUUUAAAUUUCCACAAUCUAGCAAGAACGGGGUCUCAAUCCAGCUGACGGCCAACACUGUUAAGCUCGCCACUCGAAAUGGACAUGCCAAGCUGGUCUUUGUGCUGUACAAAAAUCUUAGCCAGUUCCUCAGUACAGAAAACGCCACCAUCAAGAUGGCCAACGAGGCUUAUGGCCGCAACGUGUCAGUGGCUGUCAAUUCUGACAUCAUCGCUGCCUCAAUCAACAAAGAGUCCAGCCGCGUGUUCAUUAACGACCCGGUGAUUUUCACCCUGGAGCACAUUGACAUGGAGCACUACUUCAACGCCAAUUGCUCCUUCUGGAAUUACUCAGAGAGGAGUAUGAUGGGUUACUGGUCCACCCAAGGCUGCAAACUCCUGAACUCCAACAAAACUCACACCACCUGCUCGUGCAUCCAUCUCACCAACUUUGCCAUCCUCAUGGCACACCGGGAAAUAUCCGGGAGCGUAAGAGAUCAUCACGAGCUGCUCCUCACCGUCAUCACUCGCGUCGGCAUUGUGGUUUCUCUCGUCUGCCUCACCAUCUGCAUCUUCACCUUUUGUUUCUUCCGUGGCCUGCAGAGCGAUCGCAACACCAUCCACAAGAACUUGUGCAUAAAUCUCUUCAUUGCAGAGUUAAUAUUCCUGAUUGGUAUCGACAUGACAGAACCCAGGAUUGGAUGCGCGAUCAUUGCGGGGAUCUUGCACUUCUUCUUUCUGGCUGCCUUCUCAUGGAUGUGUCUUGAGGGAGUCCAGCUCUAUCUUAUGCUCGUGGAGGUGUUCGAGAGUGAAUACUCGCGGAAAAAAUACUUCUAUGUGUCAGGGUACCUCUUCCCUGCCAUCGUGGUUGGCGUGUCUGCAGCUAUUGACUACAGGAGCUACGGGACCGAGAAAGCGUGCUGGCUAAGUGUGGACAAUCAUUUCAUAUGGAGUUUUAUAGGACCUGUCACUUUUAUCAUCAUGCUCAAUCUCAUCUUCCUGGUGAUCACAAUGUACAAAAUGGUAAAGCACUCUACCACCCUGAAACCGGACUCUAGCCGCCUGGAGAAUAUUAAUAAUUAUCGCGUUUGUGACGGCUACUAUAAUACAGAUUUGCCUGGUUAUGAAGAUAAUAAACAGUUUAUCAAAUCCUGGGUGAUGGGAGCGUUUGCCCUGCUGUGUCUCCUGGGUCUAACAUGGUCCUUUGGCCUGUUCUUCAUCAGCGAGGCCUCGAUUGUCAUGGCGUACCUUUUCACCAUAUUCAACACCUUCCAAGGAAUGUUCAUCUUCAUAUUCCACUGCCUUCUUCAGAAAAAAGUCCGUAAAGAGUACAGCAAGUGCUUCCGCCACACAUACUGCUGCGGCGGGCUGCCAACUGAGAGCUCACACGGGUCUGCAAAGACCUCCACUGCACGGACCAGCGCACGCUAUUCUUCUGGUACACAGAGUCGUAUAAGGAGAAUGUGGAAUGACACCGUAAGAAAGCAAUCUGAGUCCUCCUUUAUCUCAGGUGACAUCAACAGCACCUCCACCCUUAACCAAGGAAUGACCGGGAAUUAUCUACUAACAAAUCCUCUUCUGCGACCACAAGGCACUAACAACCCUUAUAACACCUUACUGGCUGAGACGGUCGUGUGUAACACCCCCACAGCUCCAGUGUUUAACUCGCCAGUGACCUACAGAGAGACAAGACACUCACUGAACAAUGCGAUGAGGGAUACAAGUGCAAUGGAUACACUACCGCUAAAUGGUAACUUUAACAAUAGCUACUCUCUUCGCAAUGGGGACUUUGACGAAAGUGUGCAGGUAGUGGACUGCGGCCUCAGCCUGGAUGAUGCUGCCUUCGAGAAAAUGAUCAUCUCCGAGCUAGUGCACAACAACCUGCGUGCCUGUAACAAAAGCCACCAACAGCAACAGCACUCCAGUUUACAUCAUCCACUCCACCACCAGCAGCCUCCGCAGUACCACCAUCACCACCACACGGAGCGGGCUCCGCCCAAGGUGAUGGUGGUGGGUGGCAGCGGCAGCAACAGCAGCGAAGAUGACGCUAUUGUGGCUGAUGCUUCAUCUUUUGUCAAUGUGGGCGACACAGUGGGCCUCGAGCUGCACCAUCAGCAGGAGCUGGAGGCGCCGCUCAUCCCCCAGCGGACUCACUCGCUUCUGUACGCACCCCAGAAGAAGGUGAGGACCAACGGGGGAGUCGAGACCCUCGUCAGUGAGCUGACACCCACCAACCCAGAUGAUAGUCUGCAGUCCCCAAACAGAGACUCCUUGUACACUAGUAUGCCUAAUCUGAGAGACUCUCCAUGCCCUGAGAGCAGCCCCGACGUCGUGGAGGAUUUGUCCCCCACCAAGAGGAGCGAAGGUGAGGACGUUUACUACAAGAGCAUGCCUAACUUAGGGGGCGGCCAGCAGCUCCAAGCCUACUACCAGAUAAGCAAAGGAAGCCGCGAUGGUUUCAUUAUUCCCAUUACUAAAGAGGAUUGCAUCCCCGAAGGAGACGUACGAGAAGGACAGAUGCAGUUAGUGACAAGCCUUUAAAUGUAUUUAAAUCCUUCCUAAAUCUCCCUUCCCCUAACACAACCCUGACCUCUUGCAGGACAUACCAGUGAAGGCAGGGGAAGUGUUUUAUUUUUGACGAUAGCUCAGAAGCCCCGUCACACAGGCUCACCAUUGAACCCACCCCCUCCUCCUCCGCCUGCAUCUCCUUUCUUCCCCAAAUAACAUCACUCUUCCUACCUUCCCAGAAGACCAACAGACUCGGAGCACAGCAAUGGCAGUGCAACAGAUUUUUUUUCUUUUCUUUUUUUUUUUUUUUUUUUUCUUUUUAAGAGACUGUACAUAAAAUGCAGAGUCAGAUUUCUGUUUUAAGAGACAAGCCAACAAUGUAUUUAAAUGUGCUGCUGCUGUUGAAAAUUUGAGAAAAAUUUAAGGAUACAAAAUAGAAAAAAAAAAAAAAAAAAAAAAAUCAUUACUGGCUCCAUUCAAUCAGCAGUUUCCUUGUCAAAAGUUUGUACAUACACUCCCCAACAUCUAAGUUGAAGUCUGUUUUUCUUUUUUUUUUCUUCUUUUUUCCUCUUUUUUUUAUUGACAACAAAGUUACACCCGUGGACCAGGACAUGGACAUUUUUCCUUAAAUGUUCCUGAUCAGACUGUUAGGAAAGGAAUAUAAGGUCCUGGCCGCUCCCCGUCACUAUGAAGUUCGGAUUGUAUAACCACUAGCAAUCAAGCCCCUGGCCUUAUAUUUUCUCAACCGUACCUUGAACUGUUGUCAAGGACAACUGCUAAAAAUAUAUAUUUUGUUGUAUUGCUAGUGUAUAAUAGAAAUUCAAUGGAAAUCAUAAAUAUAAAAAAAAAAAAAAAAAACUUUUAAUUGCAAAAAUAAACGUUUCAGAGCCUAUUGUGUAGAAGUUGCACAUAUGUUAUACGGUGUGUUUAUGGUUCCAACACUUCAUCCAUGAUAGUACGUUUGAACGUAAAGGCUUAUAAAAAGAGAGGAUUCAACCAAUUGCAAAGAGUCAUCAUCACAUUUUACACUUGUGAACAGUGUUUUUGCUAAAUAAAUUCCGUUGAUAUCGCUCAUUAAAAUCUUUAUCUUACUUUGCCAAAGUGGCGUUACUUUAGUAGAAUGGGACUGCAACAACCCAGUUAAGGUGAUUUCUGUAUUGCACAGUUUUUUUGUGUAAUCCUGAUUGAAAUAGAUAUUUUUAACAGUCACAACAGAGUGUUGGGUAAUUGGAACUGAAGUGAAAAUAACUUUUGACAAUAAAGUUUUUAUCAUAAAUGUAGUUCUUCCUCUCGAGUUUGGAUAUUUUAUUUAUUAAAAGCUUUCCAAAAAAAAUAAAAAAUAAGUGGGACAUGUGUGAAUAUUUUCCAGCACUGGUAUACAUGCUGUACUGUAGCUUUAUUAUUAUUUUUUUUAUUUUAAAAUGUAAACAUAAGGGGCUCAUCACUUAAGACUGAUGUAAAGUUCAACACUUGUUUAAGAAAUACAAUAAAUGUGAGAUUUUUUGUCAAAUGCCAGUUGCUUUUUAAUGGUUUGUGUUUUUGCUACAAUUUUAGAAAAUAGCUUUGAUUAUUUUGCUAUGGACGUAAAACACUUUUGACUCAGGUUAUAAGUAUGCCCCGAGCACCUUGAAAGGCCAAUUGAUUAAUUUGUUUUCUGGAGGAUUUAUUGUUGUUCUUAUGCUAUUUCUUCGAUCGCUGCGGAGUAGAGAGAGCUCAUUCCACCGUGUGUGUUAGAGAAGCCAAAACUGUCCAUGUGAUUCAAAGAUGUCAAACUCAGGUAGGAAAAUUGCAUUGUAAAUGUUCCUCUGUGUGGUUGUAACACUAAUAAAGGCUCAAAACUGACA